UUGAUUUUAAAACUUUUCAGAAAAAAAUGAAAGAUUAAUGCAUGAGAUAAUAUUAUCAAAUUGUGUGCAUCAUAUCUAGGGGGAGAAUGAAUAAGGUAGGGAACUCUAGUAUGGAUGAGCUCCUGAACGCUGAAUUCAAAGAAGCAUUUGAUGAAUUUGACAAGGACGGAAGCGGAACUAUAUCCACGAAAGAGUUGUUGGGUGUGAUGAGGUCGAUGGGGCAAAACCCAACAGAAGACGAGCUUCUAGCCCUCGUGAUGGAGGUCGACUUGAACGGGGACGGAACCAUCGACUUCCCGGAGUUCCUGGAGAUGAUGAAACAGAAGUCUAGUGAAGCAGAUCAGGAGGCAGACCUCAAGGAAGCAUUUAAAAUAUUUGAUCGAGACAAGGAUGGGUUCAUCGAUAUGAAGGAACUAAAGAAGGUUGCCAAUAUGUUGGGUGCUAUGCUGAGUAAAGAGGAAGUUGACGAUUUUAUGAAAGAGGCGGAUGUGGAUGGAAAUGGAAAACUAGACUAUGAUGAAUUUGUAAAGAUGAUGCUCCAGUAUUAAUGUUUAAAUUCAACCAACCAGCCAACCAGCCAACCAACCAACCAAACCAACCAACCAACCAAUCAAUCAAU